AUGGACCCUCGAUCUGUUAGCCCCGUCCCCGUGAACAUCAGUACUUUGACUACGCCGGCACAAUGUAUUGCUGACUUUUCGCUGAUUCCAAUCGGAAGCGGAACAACGUCCUUUGCGCAGCAGAUUGCCGAGAUACAGCGCUUGUGCCAGCAGUCUGGGCUAAAGUUUGCCAUGCAUACUACUGGGACAACCCUCGAAGGUCCAUGGGAUAUGGUCCACCAGGUCAUUGGCUGGGCUCAUUCGCUGGUUCACCAACAGGGAACUGCUCGGAUUCAGACUGAUGUGAGAAUCCAGACGAGAACCGACAAGGUGCAGCCGAUGGAGGCGGAGAUUGCAACUGUCGAGAGGAUUCUGGCUGUUUGA